AUGGCUCUCUAUCCCCAGAGACCAUUACAUGCGGAAGCACCAGAUGGUAGAAAACCUAUCUAUGAUGACUCCGAGGACCUUCCUCCCCAAUCCACUCCAACUAUCCCACCAACCAAAUCCACAAACCCCGCGUCGGAGGAAACAUUGAGGAAACGUACUGGUCCAACGCCUACCGACAGACUCGCCGUACAAAUUGGAAAAAGUCGGCUAUUUCUCUACGCACAUGUUGUCGCCGCGGAGAACAAACUGAAUUCUAUGAUGGACUCUGUCCUUCAUCUUGAAAACAGCUUCACAUCCACGAUUGCAUCGCUUGCACCAUCCCAACAGUCUGGGGAGAAGUUAAUGCCUGGGUCUAUCUACGUUUUGGUUGCCGCGAUGAGUGGCUCGAUAAUAUCUCGGAACAGAAACAUUGUACUAAGAGCUGCAGUGCCAUUCGCAGUCGGAAUUGGAGCAGGAUGGGCCGUCCUUCCCGUAACGAUGCGAAACAUUGCUAACCUAGCAUGGGAAUACGAGAAAAGAUUUCCUGUGAUUGCGGACUCACACAUUAGAACGAGGGAAAGUGUAGAGAAUGCAUGGAGAAUGGCAAGGGUGCAUUCAAAACAGGCCGUUGCAAUAGUGGAUGGGAAGAUCACUGAAGGGAGAGAGAAGGUUGAGGACUGGGUCAAGAAAGGAAAAUAG